CCGUAAACAUACAGCUAAAUACAAUUCUCAAUAAUAAUUCUGAAAAUAAAAUGCAAUAUAUUCAUAAGAUAUUAAUAAUUUUAGUGAUUUUUAUAUUAAAAAUGAAUUUAAAUAAUUGUACAAAACCUCCACCGUGGUUUAUGCAUGGUGAAUAUCUUUACUAUGUAAAUAUCGAACAAAAUUUUAGCUCUAAUUUCACACAAAGUCUGUGCGAUAAAUUGGGAAUGUCGGUAACGAUAUCACGAUUAAAUGCAAUACAAUUAUUGCCACAUUUAAGGCAGAGUUAUGGUGACUUCCCCGGUUUGUGGACUUAUAAAAAUGAGUUUUUUAAUAAUGUUCUUAAUACUCACAUAAAAAUGCAGUCAUGUUUUCAAUUUAACGCAAGUUCCGAGAACUUCCAACCUAAAAGUUGUACAGAAAAGUCAGGUUAUAUAUGCAAAGUUCGUAUGACAUCGGCCACUUUAUUUUACAAAAAUUCAUUACAACAUGUCUAUAAAAACGAUAUUAAACAAUAUUGUGAUCCUCAGUUAAAUUUAGUAAAAAAUGAUUUGUAUUCUUGUUUAAUACAUUUAUGAAAACAUCUACAGUUUCAAUAAAGGAAAAAGAAAGAAAUUAAGAAAACUAUAAUCAUAAUAAUAAAUUACUUUUAAAAACCCCAUAAUUUUUUACUAUGAAAAUGUCUAACCAAACAAUCAGUGGUUUUCAUGGAUCUAUGUAUAAA